AGGUUCUCACUCACUCAUGGCUUUGGCAACAUAUAUAGUUGGACAAACACCAUUUCCUGAGUUCAGUGUUGUGCUGAUGUUGGAUGAUGUGCAAAUAGGAUAUUAUGAUUCAACCACAUGGAAAGGUGUCUAUCGCCUUCACAGUGCUUCAAAAUACUAUGACGAAGAGCAAAGUGAUGUUGGUGUUAUAUUUCUUGAUAUGUAUAAUGGCAUGAAAAAUCGGGCAGUUUAUCUUAAGGAUCACCUAAAUCACACAGAUGGUGUACAUGUUCAUCAGAGACUUGCCGGAUGUGAACUGUUGAACGAUGAUAAACCAGGACCACUUUAUUUCUGGGAUGCUUUCAAUGGACAAAACAUGGAGGAGUUCACGUUUGACAAGGAAAAAAAUGACAUCCAGAUGAAAAAGCCAUGGAUGAUAAAAUGGGACCAAGCAAAAAAGAUUCAUGUAAAGUUACUAUAUGAAAAUGUUUAUCAUCCUAUUUGCAUUAAAACAUUGCAGAGGUACCUGAAUAUGCAAAAGAACUAUGUGAUGAGAAAAGUGAAACCCAGAGUCAGACUCAUGAGGAAGAUGCUCUCAGACUCUCAAGGGCUUCAGAUCAGCUGUCUGGCCACUGGUUUUUACCCCCGUCACAUUAACCUGACCCUGUUCAGAGAUGGACAGCCUGUGGAUGAAGAUCUGAUCACAGGAGGAGAGAUUCUGCCCAACGGAGACGGAACUUACCAGAUGAGGAAGAGUUUGGUGAUCAGUGAAGAAGAGCUACAUGAGGAACAUAAAUACAACUGCACAAUGAAGCACCUCAGUCUGGACAACAAACUGGACAUUACAUUUGUGGAUGAAUCUGACUCAGGGUCCUUCAGUCUUUCUAUAGUUUUCGGUGUGCUUGUGUGUGUGGCUUUUCUCAUCAUAACUGCACUCAUCAUUUGGAGGAAGAGAGGAGCUGCUGGACAAGGAUCUGAGACAUCACAAUGUAUAUACUCCCCUACUCCAUCUUCAGUGCAAGGAUAA